CUCUUGCUCCUCCUACCUUGUCCAGCUGUCUUCUUGCUUCUCAUCAUUCAUACCUUCCCAACCUCUCGUCGACUUCCACCUUCCCUCCUGCCUGGCUUGCCCACUUACUCAGGCCAGACCAUAGCUCGAUCUGCUCCGCGUCCACCCUUGAUACCCCUCCACCGCAAUUGUACAACGACACAACAGCCAAGGAGAAAAACAGCCCAGCCACCACGUCCACACCGCUUCGACCUUGUUUGGCACACAACACAGAGCACAGGAGUAAUACCGCCUGACCUUGACAAUGUGUGGCAUCUUCGGUUAUGUCAACUACCUGGUGGAGAAGGACAGGAAGUUCAUUAUUGACACUCUGACCAAUGGACUCGCCCGUCUAGAGUACCGAGGUUACGACUCGGCCGGUUUCGCCGUUGAUGGAGACAAGAAGAACGAGGUCUUUGCCUUCAAGGAGGUCGGCAAGGUCGCCAAGCUGAAGCAGCUCGUCAACGAGGCCAAGCUCGACGAGACGAAGGUCUUCGACUCACACGCCGGUAUUGCCCACACCCGAUGGGCUACCCACGGCCCUCCCUCCCGCCUGAACUGCCACCCUCACCGCUCCGACCCCAACUGGGAGUUCGCAGUCGUCCACAACGGAAUUAUCACAAACUACAAGGAGCUUAAGACUCUCCUCCAGGCCAAGGGCUACAAGUUCGAGACGGAGACAGACACAGAGUGCAUUGCCAAGCUCGCAAAGUACCUCUACGAUCAGCACCCCAACCUCGACUUCGUCGACCUGGCCAAGGCCGUCAUCUCGGAGCUCGAGGGCGCCUAUGGUCUCCUGAUCAAGUCCGUCCACUACCCCCACGAGAUCGUGGCUGCCCGCAAGGGCUCGCCCCUCGUCAUCGGUGUCAAGACCCAGAAGCGCAUGAAGGUCGACUUCGUCGACGUCGAGUACGCCGAUGAGCACGGUGGUGCCCUCUCCGCAGAGGCCGCCGCCCAGAAUGUCGCCAUCAAGAAGGCCACCGCUAGCAAGGGCUCCGAUGGCCUCCUGGCCCCCGGCCUGCUGGGCGCCCCUGACAAGUCCCUCCUCCACCGCUCCCAGUCUGGCGAGACGGCUGAUUCCCUGAUGGCCCUGCGGUACUGCCUGGAGCGCGGAGCCCUGACGGUUGGUAUCGUGAACGUAGUCGGCAGCUCUAUCAGUCUGCUGACCCACUGCGGUGUGCACAUCAACGCCGGUCCCGAGAUCGGUGUCGCCUCCACCAAGGCAUACACCUCGCAGUUCAUCGCUAUGGUCAUGUUCGCGCUGAGCCUCAGCGAGGACCGCGCUAGCAAGCAGCAGCGGCGUAUCGAGAUCAUGGAAGGUCUGGGCAAGAUCAGCGAGCAGAUCGCCGCGGUCCUGACUCAGGAUGCUGCCAUCAAGGACCUCUGCACCAAGGUGUUCAAGGACCAGAAGUCUCUGCUCCUGCUGGGACGUGGAUCCCAGUUCAGCACGGCCCUCGAGGGCGCCCUCAAGAUCAAGGAGAUUAGUUACCUCCAUUGCGAGGCCGUCAUGUCGGGCGAGCUCAAGCACGGUGUUCUGGCGCUGGUCGACGAGAACCUGCCCAUCAUCAUGAUCCUGACGCGCGACAACAUCUUCACCAAGAGCUUGAACGCUUACCAGCAAGUCGUGUCCCGUGGAGGCAAGCCCAUCGUCAUCUGCAACCCUGGUGACGCCGAGUUCCAGAGCAGCCAGGCUCAGACCAUCGAGAUCCCCAAGACGGUCGACGUGCUGCAGGGUCUCCUGAACGUCAUUCCUCUCCAGCUCAUUGCCUACUGGCUCGCCGUCAUGGAGGGCCUCAAUGUCGACUUCCCUCGUAACCUUGCCAAGUCUGUCACUGUCGAGUAAAGCUCAGCGACGGCGCAGGGACAUCAAACAAUUGUAAUGUUUGCCAGUGGCUGGAUUCGUAUUGCAUGUAUUAGAUGAGAUUGCAAGGUUUGUGUGUCUUUUGGGAUCUAUGAAUAGGGCCAGUGCUUUCUACAUGAGGAUGAAGGGACCGGUCGGCAGAGGAGUACCAAGCUCGGUCCAGCGGAGUUGGUAUUGCGGACCACAAGCCACACACCACGCACACAGAGGAGACUAGCGAAGUGCGAUUAUGGUGCGCACUGUAGACGUGAUGACGAUCAAUAAAACAAAACUAAGAUGAAUAAUGAAAACUUCACCAUG